AGUUCAUGGAUUGCAGCUGCAGCUGGUGGCACCACCCCGUCCUACAUACGUCAACCAGACAUCGCGUCUUGAGGGCAAGCGCGGAUCUCAGCCCCAGGACCCGAGGAAUCGUCCCCGUCGAAACGGAAUCCGAGCUCGUCCAACCGAUUAUCGAUUAUCAUAACCUCGCCGCAAUCGUAUUAGCUACCUAGCAGCCUGCCCCUCUCACUGCCUUCUGCCGCCCUGUGUGUUUCCAUCCAGGUGAACUCCAAAAGGAUAUUGUUCUGGUGGGCUCGCCCCACUGCAUUGCACAAUUGCAUGUUUUAGACUUCUUGCUGGCCAGCCCCCUUUGUUACCACGACUCGUCCCGUUUGCCUUGUGACCAUAAUUCACCAUGAACUAGGUGCCUCGACAAGCCCUCUCCAGAACCCAGGGAAUCACUCUCGGGACACAAUCGCCGUGUUGACUCGGCACCACUCGGUCGUUGUGUAGGGCUAGCUCCUGCGGGGCUGCAAAUUGCUCUUCCAAGGUUGUGACAGCAUCGACCAUGAAUCCGUUCGCUUUCCGUCCCGCCCAGGUAACGAUAUGGACCACUAUCGUCUAUCUCGCUCUCCUCAUCCCUAUUAUCAUCCUGAAUGAAACCGUGCCACGACCACCAUCCAACCCUAGCCCCUACGCCGGCAUCAACCUGACCGAAAGCUGGCACGACCUGGCUAGUCUGACCCAGGGCUACCACCCGUACAACAGCCACAAGAACGACGAGGUCCGGAACUGGCUUCUCUUACGAAUCCAGCAGAUCCUUGACGGGAAUGAUGUCGACUGGGUUACAGAGGAGACUAUCGGCAAGAGACCAUCAAACUACUCGAUCAGAUCUCUGAAGCUGUCAGACAGCCGAUCGGAAGAAUCCAGUCAUAAUGUGACCGUAUUCAAUGACUUGAUGUCCAAUGUGACCUUUCGGUUUGGCGCCCUCCCUGGAUCUCGCCCGCCCGCAGAGGGCGCGCCUGGCAGUGCCGCUUACUUUGAGGGCACCAACGUGAUCGUCUACAUCCGUGGCUCUCUCGAUGAAGAAGGGGAGUGGUGGAAGCGAAAACGUAACCAUUUGAAACUGCCCAUCGGGAAAGGAGGGGUCUUGGUGAACGCGCAUUACGACUCGGUCUCUACCGGGUUCGGCGCAACUGACGAUGGCAUGGGCGUCGUGACUAUCCUUCAGCUGAUCAAACACUUUACGACCCCAGGCCAUCAGCCCAAGCACGGCAUCGUCGCGCUGUUGAACAAUGGAGAGGAGGACUUCCUCUACGGGGCUACGGCUUUUGGAAACAGCCCACUGCUGCCUUUUGUGCAUACAUUCUUGAACCUCGAGGGUGCUGGUGCUGGUGGUCGUGCCACGCUUUUCCGUGCCUCGGAUAGGGAUGUCAUGGGCGCCUAUGCCAAGUCGCCAAAACCACUCUCCACUGUCAUCAGCUCUGACAGUUUCUCCUUGGGAGCAAUCAAGAGUCAGACUGAUUAUGUUAUUUUCAAUGGUGUUUACGGCCAGAGAGGUCUCGAUAUGGCCUUCUAUAAGCCACGAUCGAGGUAUCAUACCAAGGAGGACGACACGAGACAUGCGAGCCGAGCCAGUCUCUGGCACAUGCUAUCUUCAUCAAUCGCUACGAUGAAAGACCUCACAGAUAGAACCUUCAGCGGGGAAGUGGCAGAGGACACAUCCAGUGUUGUGCCUAACGGUAAAGGCAGCAAGGCAGUAUGGUUUGACCUGUUUGGCAAAGGCUUUGUGCUCUUCAACUUGAGAGCCAUGUUCGCAUGGUCCUUGACACUGCUCAUAGCGACGCCACUCAUUCUCAUAUUCCUCACAUAUCUCCUCCAGAAGAAAGCGAAAUACUACUUCUUCUCUAACAGGGUGAACAUCUACGAGCAGCCAAGCCCUGAUUCAGGAGAUUACGAACGAGUCAAAAUUGGCGGUCUCAGAGGCAUCUUCCGAUUCCCUCUGGCCAUCAGCGUUUCCGGCGCGCUUCUAUUCGGCGCAGCGUUCCUUGUCCGGAAGUUCAAUCCUUAUAUUGUUCACAGCAGCCAAUAUUCAGUCUGGGCAAUGUUCGUUUCACUGGGCUAUUUUGCCUUUUGGUGCAUCAUGAGAGGCGCACAUGUGGCGAGACCGAGCGCUCUCCAUCGGGGCUAUGUCAAUAUUUGGCUAUUCGCAUUGGCAUGGGCUGUGCUCGUGGCAGUGACAGUCUUCGAAGACCGUUUCGAUAUUGCAGCAGGCUACCCUUUCGUGUUUCUGCAGUCAGCUUUGUUCUUGACGGCAGUCACCUCGCUCCUCGAGCUCUUUGCCCUGCCGAACAUGAAGACGUACGGCCAGCAGCUCAGGGAAGAACACGAGACCCACGACCAUCUCGAGCAGGUCCCAAGCUCCGAUGCUAUAAUCGCCCCGGGUCCUGACGAAGCCGACAGUAUGGCAUCCGACGAGGCUGCUGAUCGCGAGUCCGGAAGGGAGGCGCCAGAUGCGACCACACCCCUUCUUGGGAGAAGCGGCCGUGGCGAAGACUCACAGAGGACAUUCGCGACUAGGUAUCGCCGUUCGAUUGCAGCCAUAACUGACUCUGCAACCAAGAAAAAGACUCCUGAGAAUGAGCAGGUCUAUGGAGGCGAGCAACCUUGGUCCAAGAAUCUCCCAUCAUGGACCUGGUUUAUUCAGUUCCUGAUUCUCGGCCCGUUCAUGAUCAUCUUGACGGCCCAGAAUGGUUUGUUCCUGGUUGAUGCUACCCGUCAGACAGGCAUCGAAGGCUCGGCUGCCGUGUUCCCGUACCUGCUCGUUGCGAUCUCCACGAUACUACUGAUGCUCCCUCUCAUGCCUUUCUUCCAUCGCCUCACGUAUCACAUCCCUCUUGUUCUACUUUGCGUAUUCAUCGCGACACUAAUCUACAAUCUUGUCGCCUUCCCAUUCUCGGCGGACAACAAAUACAAGGCCUUCUGGCAACAGACCGUCAACCUCGAUACUGGAGAAUCUACCGUCAGGCUUGGCGGCGUAGAAGAAUACUUGCGUCUUAUUAUCUCGGAUCUCCCUUCUGCCUCAGGGAAGGACGUGACCUGUCGUAAGUCGACGGUCAGGGCGGAUGUCUCGGAUUGCUUGUAUGACGGAAAAGACGUUGCGCCGAACGUCGCCAACACCCUUCCAAAUGGCGUCCCUCCACAGCUGGGCUACGCGAAGCUCGUGGACCUCGACGUGUCACGUACCGGCCCUGGGCAAGCAAAGUUUACAAUCAACGCAAAGAACACCAAGUCAUGCUUCCUCAAGUUUGAGCGCCCAAUUAAGAAUUUCGUCGUUGCGGGCGGCGCAGACUGGGACAACCGGUUUGGGACUAUACCCGAGGGCGGCAUCGCGCUGAUCAACUUGUGGAGGCGGGACUGGAACAAAACAUGGGAGGUGAAUGUGGAGUGGGAUGAGUCGGCCGCAGAGACGCAUCAGACUCACCACGAGGACGGAGACAAAGAAGUGCUCGUCGCGGCGCCCGACGAGCUGAAGCGGAGCACAGCCGGCCUGGAUGGAAACAUCACGUGCAUCUGGAGCGACCUCAACACGCCAGGAACCAUCCCUGCUCUCGACGAGGCCAUACAGUACGCGCCUUCCUGGGCGGUGAUAACCAAGUUCGCCGCCGGGCUCGUGGAGGGCAGCAAGAGCUUCAAGGUCUGAGCGGAGUCGGAUGCAGAGACGGGAGGGGAUUGGUUCAUCAAAGUAACAAGACUGGGCUGUGCUAUGCUGUGCUGAGCAUGUUGUUGAUUCUGGCUUUUCUUUAGUGUGGGUGGGUUCUCACGAACCUGCCGAGUCUGGGGAUUGUCGCUGCAUCGAACAUGGGGGAGCAUCCGCAGGCGUUCUGGCCAUAUCACAAAUUGCAUUCUUUGGCUUGCACCAGUGUUUACGUGCGUGUUGUGGUUUACUAGUGGUAGUAGUGGUAGUAAAUUAGGACCUAGGAAUGAG